UCCCAUUCUUGUGCUGCAGGCAGCAUUCCGGGUGGAGAGUGAGAAAAAGACGUGUUUUUAAGGCCUUAUACCGAAACAACAUUAGGAGCUUAUUUGAAGAAGUCCCCUGGAGCCUUAAAACAGAAUAUGGGCUUUCCAGGGCAGAUCCCAGGAAAAGACAUGGAGAUGUGAUCUGGCCUCCAUCCUUCUCUAUUUGCUGCUUUGAUUGCUGCUCCCCAGAACCACCGUUUCAAACACUGCAGGAGUGGUUUGGCUGAAAGUAAAACCCCAAGUAAGAGCCACUAGUAAACUUUCCCCAGCUGCUGCCCAGACACACAUGGUGCAUUGCUGCCAUUCCCAAAGCCCGACUCCAUCAGUCCCGAGGGCACAGCCACUAGCUUUCUGGUGUGCUUACAGCUAUCAGAAAAAGAAGAACAGUCCUUUUGGAUAAUUGUUUUCCACGUAACCAACCUACAUCCAAGUAGUAGAGUGUACUGGUCUUUCCUGCUGCUUUGAGCUCUCAGGAUCACUGACAAUCAUCCAUCUUUUAGCUGGGAAGACUGACAAAGGUCGAGAAGUUGAUUCUUAAAGGCUAGGUUGAUGGAAUCCAACAUGGAGAGCUGCCUAGCCCAGGUCCUGCAGAAAGAUGUAGGCCGUCGUCUUCAGGUGGGGCAAGAGAUCGGCGACUACAUCUCGGACAAGGAGAAGUCUCAUGACCUUGAGCAGGAUCAGACUGCUCUUGAUAAGAUGGUUGAUGGCAUUGCCAGCUCCUGGGUCAACUCCAGCAACUUCAAGGUCGCUCUGCUAGGCUUGGAUCUCCUCUCUGCUUUAGUGACGAGGUUACAAGAGAGAUUUCGGGCCCAUGUGGGAACAGCUCUGCCUAGUCUUAUCGAUCGAUUGGGAGAUGCCAAAGACCAAGUAAGAGAACAAGACCAAGCACUGCUACUUAAGAUCAUGGAACAAGCUGCAUCUCCACAGUAUGUGUGGGACCGAAUGCUAGGAGGCUUCAAACAUAAAAACAACAGAACCAGGGAAGGAGUCUGCCUUUGCCUUAUUGCCACAUUGAAUAUGUACGGAGCUCAAGGCUUGACGCUCAGUAAGAUUGUCCCCCACAUAUGUAACCUGUUGGGAGAUCCCACAAGCCAGGUACGAGAUGGGGCUAUGAGUUGUUUGGUGGCGAUCUACCGACAUGUGGGUGAGAGGGUGAGGAUGGAUCUCAGCAAGAAGGGCCUCCCUCAGUCACGGUUGAAUGUAAUCUUCAGCAAAUUCGAUGAAGUUCAAAGAUCAGGUCACAUGAUCUCUUCUUCUGGCUCAGAUAAGAACUUUGAAGAUGAGGACUCAGUUGAUGGAGGCCGGUCCUCCUCCUCCUCAUCCUCCAAAGCACCUCUUAGUGGCAAGAGGACUGUAAUGACUGCUAGAAGACCAAGCUCGGCAACCUCAGCAAAGGCCACAGGUAAAGAAGCAGCUGCUGGGGCUGUUGAUGUCGAGGAUUUUAUAAAAUCUUUUGAAGAUGUGCCCUCCGUCCAGAUUUACUCUAACAGAGAGCUGGAAGACCAGCUGACGAAAAUCAGAGAAAUUCUGUCAGAUGACAAGCACGACUGGGAGCACAGAGUGGUAGCACUGAAAAAGGUUCGCUCAUUCAUGCUGGCUGGGGCAGCAGAGUAUGAGGGGUUCCCUCAGCAGCUGCGUCUGUUGGAGGCACCGCUCAAACUAUCGGCUAAAGAUCUGCGCUCCCAGGUGGUCCGCGAGGCCUGCAUCACUCUAGGACAUUUAUCAUCACUGCUCGGUAACAAGUUUGACCAUGGAGCAGAGAGCGCCAUGCCUAUACUGUUGAACCUUGUGCCCAACAGUGCAAAAAUCAUGGCCACAUCUGGAAUGGCUGCCAUCCGCCUCAUCCUCAGGCAUACACACUAUCCACGUCUUAUCCCCAUCAUUACAAGUAACUGCACCUCUAAAUCAGUCGCAGUCAGACGACGCUGUUACGAAUUUUUAGACCUAAUGCUACAAGAGUGGCACACCAAUACACUGGAAAGGCAUGUGGCUGUUUUGACUGAGACCAUCAAGAAAGGCAUACACGAUGCUGACUCGGAAGCCAGAUCCAUUGCAAGGAAGUGUUAUUGGGGUUUCCACGGUCACUAUAGCCGAGAGGCAGAGCAUCUCUUCCAAGCACUAGAGUCUACAUAUCAGAAAGCGCUGCAGACUCAUCUGAAGAGUUCGGACAGCAUUGUGUCUCUACCCCAGUCAGAUCGUUCCUCGUCAUCUUCUCAGGAGAGCCUGAACCGACCUCUGUCUGUGAAGACAGUCAUUGGAGGCAGCAUAGCAAGGACUAAACUGAUGAGCACCCGGAUGCCGAUUACAUCGAGUUCCCUCCAGCGUUCACGGAGCGACGUCGAUGUAAAUGCUGCCUCCAGCGCCAAGUCAAGGGUGCCCAUUGUACCUACGUCUUCGGCAUUCAGCUCAGCAGCUGCCCUUCCCCCUGGAUCCUAUGCUUCUUUAGGUCGUGUUCGUACCAGAAGACAAAGCUCUGGUAGUGCAAGCGGAGCCAGUCCUUCGGUGGUGGACAGUAGAGGUCGGAGCCGAGCUAAAGUGGUUUCUCAAUCUCAGCGAUCCAGAUCGGCCAAUCCCAUCAGUGCUGGCAGUCGCUCCAGCUCCCCAGGCAAACUUCUUGGGCACAGCAGCUAUGGUAGGAUACCUCGGGCAGCAGUGUCUGCUUCCAGCACACCAGCUGACAAACGUAGCAGGAUCCCUCGCAGCCAAGGGUGCAGCCGAGAGACGAGCCCGAGUCGAAUGGGCUUAGCCCGGAGCCGCAUACCCCGCCCAAGCAUGAGUCAGGGUUGCAGUCGCGACACUAGUCGCGAGAGCAGCCGUGACACCAGCCCUGCUCGUGGCUUUACUCCUCUGGCUUCCCGACGGCAUUCUCGUUCAACCAGUGCUCUCACAGCUGACCCCCAUGGCCAGUCAGAACGUUAUGGUUUGAUUCACCAAGCUAGAAUCUCAGCAUCAGUCAACGCUAUGAGGGUUCUUAACACUGGCACUGAAGUGGAAGCAGCAGUUGCUGAUGCUCUGAGGAAGCCAAUGAGGCGGAGGUACGAAUCACCAGGGAUGUACUCCGAUGACGAUGCCAACAGCGAUGCGUCCAGUGCCUGCUCAGAACGCUCCUAUAGCUCAAGAAACGGCGGCAUCCCCCAUUAUCUUCGCCAGACUGAGGAUGUGGCGGAGGUCCUGAACCACUGUGCCAGCUCCAAUUGGUCAGAGCGGAAGGAGGGACUUCUGGGUUUGCAGAAUCUCCUCAAGGGUCAAAGAAUACUGAGCCGAGUGGAGCUGAAGAGACUUUGUGAAAUCUUCACAAGAAUGUUUGCAGAUCCACACAGCAAGAGAGUGUUCAGCAUGUUCCUAGAGACCUUAGUGGAUUUCAUCACCGUACAUCGAGAGGACUUGCAGGACUGGCUUUUUGUCCUUCUUACCCAGUUGCUAAAGAAGAUGGGAGCAGACCUGCUCGGCUCAGUCCAAGCCAAAGUCCAAAAGGCCCUGGAUAUCACAAGGGAGUCUUUCCCAUUUGACCAACAGUUCAAUAUUUUGAUGAGAUUCAUUGUCGAUCAGACACAGACACCAAACCUCAAGGUAAAGGUAGCUAUUUUGAAGUACAUAGAGUCUUUGGCACGGCAGAUGGACCCAACAGACUUUGUCAACUCCAGUGAGACUCGCCUGGCUGUGUCACGCAUCAUCACCUGGACCACUGAACCCAAAAGCUCUGAUGUCAGGAAGGCAGCCCAGGUGGUGCUGAUAUCAUUGUUUGAGCUCAACACACCCGAGUUUACUAUGCUGCUGGGAGCUCUGCCUAAGACGUUCCAGGAUGGUGCCACCAAAUUAUUGCACAACCACCUGAAGAACUCUAGUAAUGCCAGUAGCAGUGUGGGGUCUCCAAGCAACUCCAUUGGGCGCAUGCCACCUCGCCACACACCCAAUCGAACCAGCCCACUCACCUCUCCAACCAACUGCUCACACGGAGGAAUGUCUCCAAGUCGGUUAUGGGGUUGGGGUGUCGACGGACUGUUAAAGCAACCCCCUGCCCCUACUCCUCUUCCUCCACCUAACUCCACCCCUGCUGCCCCUUCUUUCGGGGUCCUGCGCAGAGCACACUCACCCAGCGUGAUGGAGUAUGACACUGAGAACAUGAAUGCGGACGACAUUUACAGCUCACUCCGUGGUGUCACUGAAGCCAUCCAGAGCUUUAGCUACCGCAGCCAGGAGGACCUGAAUGAGUCAAUCAGACGGGAGGGCAAGCGAGAUGAUGCAGCUGGGAGAGAAGGAAUUGCGUCAACCCCUGGUUCUGAUGGUCGCCUGGGCUUGGACGUACCGGAAGGGGGUCGAACUGCUUUGGACAACAAGACUUCACUUCUAAAUACACCAUCACCGCGCUCCUUCUCUGGGCCACGAAGUCGGGAGUUCGCUCCUUACGGCCACGGAGAAACCAUCUGUACCUACGACAAGAGUGCCCUUAAGGAGGCUGUUUUUGAUGAUGACGUGGAGCAGUUUCGUGACUUUGGUCAGGACAACUCUGACUUGGUUGCCGAUCUGCUUAAGGAGUUGUCCAAUCACAAUGAGCGCUCUGAGGAACGUAAAGGAGCCCUGGUGGAGCUUCUGAAGAUCACACGAGAAGACAGCCUGGCUGUGUGGGAUGAACAUUUUAAAACUAUUCUCCUCCUCCUGCUGGAGACACUUGGCGAUAAAGAUCAUACGAUCCGAGCCUUGGCAUUGCGUGUCUUGAAAGAAAUAUUAAAGAAUCAGCCAGCCCGGUUCAAGAACUAUGCGGAGCUAACCAUCAUGAAGACCCUGGAGGCCCACAAAGAUUCUCACAAAGAGGUGGUGCGUGCGGCUGAGGAGGCUGCUUCGACAUUGGCUGGAUCCAUCCAUCCGGAACAAUGUGUCAAGGUGCUAUGCCCAAUUGUACAGACUGCUGAUUACCCAAUCAACCUGGCUGCCAUCAAGAUGGAAACAAAAGUCAUUGAACGCAUUGCUAAAGACUCUCUAAUACAGCUGCUGGUGGACAUCAUCCCAGGACUCCUGCAGGGCUAUGACAACACAGAGAGCAGCGUUCGCAAGGCCAGCGUGUUCUGUCUGGUGGCAAUAUACUCGGUAAUUGGCGAGGAGCUCAAACCCCACCUGGCACAACUAACAGGCAGCAAGAUGAAAUUACUGAAUCUGUACAUCAAGCGUGCCCAGACCACAAACAGCAAUAGCAGCAGUUCCUCAGAUGUCUCCUGUCACAGUUAAUGGAGGGAUGUUUAGCUGGAAAUCAUGCAGAUGAACGUUGCUGUCCAUCUCGGGGUCCCAAACUGCUCUAAGCAUCAUUUUCUCGGAACUUCAUAUUUUUACUGCUGUUUUCUUGCGUUUAACUGUCUUUAUGCUUUUUGCGGAUCCACCCAACGCUUUUGUUCUGAAAACUUUGGAAUGUAGUGUGGAUGACGAGAGAUCACUUAUCCACCUUGUUGCACCAACCUUUCUGUUUUUGUGCACAUUUGUCUGUUUUUCCCUUAAACUAUCAGAUUUGGCUGAAUAAAAAGUUCAUUCACUACUUAGUAAAAUGUGCAAAUGAACAUUUUGGAGCAACAAAAUAAAUAAAUUAAUAAAUACUGUGUAUGUAAAAAGUGAAAACAAAAUGGAGAAGAACAUGAGUACUGUAUUAUAAUUUCAAGUAAUAUUUUAAGUAAAUUGGGGAUCGGGGAAGCUUCUGCAUUUAAUGUUUUUUUUUAUUUAAAUCUCAUUUUAAAUUAAAAGUAUCUUAAAUUAAUUGAAUCCCCUCUGUGUAAAAAGUGCAGUUUUAUGUUCCACAUUCUUUUAUUAAAAUGCCAUUGUUUGUGAGGCUCCUGUUGGGCUGAAGUUGUUAAUACUGCAAACGUCUUUUCUAGCUCAAAGUUGGGAGAGAGCAACAAUAUGACGCUGUAACUACGUUCAUGUCAUGCACACAGGACAAGCAGGACUUCAGUGAGGUACCGGCCUGUACAAAACUGUAAACUAUCGGCUACAAAAACUGUGAAUCUGUUGGGGGGGAAAACUGACCCUUGUAAUGCAAAUGCAAAUACACAGUAUUCUCCUGUAUGUAACCCCAGCCUCUACCAUUAUCAGAAAACCCACAAGUUUGGUUGUACAGUAUAUAUACACUUUUAGACUUCUGUUUUGCUGCAUUUUUCCAAAAUGUAAGUUGCCUAUGUCAAUCUUUUGCACGUUAGCCUGCAUUUAACCUGCAGCACGUCGUCUUUUAUGCUGUGUGAAGGGCCCAGGUUUUUGGCUGUUCAAGUGCACUUGUAACAUUGUAUUACUCAACUCAUUACUUCAGUAUAGGGCACCAACUGUUUUGAGUUAUCAGUGGUGGAUGUCCUCGACACAUGUUCAGAAAUGUUGUUUUAAUUUUAGCAUCAAAUUUAAGGUGUUAAUGGGUAUGAAAAAGCUUUAAAUGUUUCGAAAGUCAACAACUUUUCUUAGGUUACAUGUGAUUAUAUAGAAUACAUUCCACUUUUUAUUAUUAUUACGAAAGUAUUACUGACUUAAGAUUUGAAAUUCAGCUGCUGUACAAAGCCUCUCUACUUGAUGGGUGAUUACACUGAGAGAAUCCCACGUAAACAGGUCCAUUCGUUUGACUAAAGUAAAUUAAUGUAUAUAAUUUACUUUCAACCCGUUUUGUUUCAUAAUAUUAGAUUCGAGGUACUGAGGACUAGGUGUCACUACACGUAGUCCUCAUACAGGCCUAUGUCUGACACAUCUUUAAUUUGACGUCUUUGGACAUUUUCACAUAAUUGCCAAAUCUAUGCUUGCUGUCGAAUGUAUACAUGUAAGUGGAAUCAUCUAUCACUACGUCCAAACACAGAUGAGACAGUAUUCCAUGCAAAAGGUUGUUUUUUUUGUUUUUUGCAAUGCAAUGCUUGUAUUUAUUUUACUUAUUAUUUGAUUAUAGUUACACUAUAAUAAACUGUACAGAAGGAUGAUUUUGGUUAACAGCCACCCAUGAUAGACUUGCAACAAUAGAAAUUGUUUGCUCAAGUAAUAAACAGACUGGUUGAUCUGGAAA